CCUUUUUGUGGUGAUGGGCAUUAGAGUCAAUAACAGGUUUUUUUUUCCUAAUCAAAUUAGGUAUUUGAGAUAUUUAAGAGGAUUUGUGUGAACUUCCUUUGAAUAGAAAUUAAAAAAAUCUAGAUCUCUGGACGCCUCUAUUUUUUAAACUAUGGACUCUACAUAAUACAGCUACCUGCAACGUGCUAUCAUAAAAUGGAUGACCUGUGUAUAAUUACUCGGCUAUCUAUGUAAAUUACGCAUGAUUACAGCCUAUAUAAAAGUGUAUGCAGCUUGCAUCACAGUUCUUUCAAGUUCUCUAAAACCGGUGGAGGCGAGGGUUUGACUUCCUCAGAAACAGAGUGCAUUGGCACACAGGAAAAAUAAUGAGACCCACAACAGAAAACUUUUCUCUGAAAGCUUUUAUGAAACAGAGAAGAAUGGGACUAAACGAUUUUAUCCACAAAAUAGCAACUAACUCCUAUACUUGCAAACACCCUGAUGUCCAGACUAUUCUGCACAUCAACCCAGCUCAGGCAGCAGAGUGCAUGAACACCAACCCCUCGCCUCCACCUAGUCCAUCAUCUCAGAUUAAUCUUGGUCCAUCGUCCAACUCCAGCGCCAAACCAUCAGACUUUAAUUUUUUGACUGUGAUUGGAAAAGGAAGCUUUGGAAAGGUACUUCUUGCAAGACACAAAGUAGAUGAAAAGUUCUAUGCAGUAAAAGUACUACAGAAAAAAGCAAUCUUGAAAAAAAAAGAGGAAAAGCACAUCAUGUCCGAGCGCAAUGUCCUUUUGAAGAAUGUCAAACACCCUUUCCUCGUCGGGCUCCAUUUUUCAUUCCAGACGACUGACAAGCUGUACUUUGUGUUGGAUUAUAUCAAUGGUGGAGAGUUAUUUUAUCAUCUUCAGAGGGAGCGCUGCUUCUUAGAACCACGAGCCCGAUUUUAUGCUGCUGAGAUUGCAAGUGCACUAGGCUAUCUGCAUUCACUGAACAUUGUAUACAGAGACUUGAAGCCAGAAAACAUUCUGUUGGAUUCACAGGGGCAUGUUGUUCUAACAGAUUUUGGUCUAUGCAAGGAAAAUAUUGAACCAAAUGGCACUACAUCAACAUUCUGUGGCACUCCAGAGUACUUGGCCCCUGAAGUUCUGCAUAAGCAGCCCUACGACCGAACAGUUGACUGGUGGUGCCUUGGUGCUGUGCUAUACGAAAUGCUUUAUGGACUGCCUCCAUUCUAUAGCCGAAACACUGCUGAGAUGUACGAUAACAUUCUGAACAAACCUCUGCAGCUGAAGCCAAAUGUCUCCAAUGCUGGCCGACACCUUUUAGAGGGCCUUCUACAGAAGGACAGGACGAAGAGGCUUGGUGCCAAAGAAGACUUUCAAGAAAUCAAAAUUCAUGUGUUUUUCUCACCAAUAAACUGGAAUGAUCUUAUUGAGAAGAAAAUCACUCCUCCUUUUAAUCCUAAUGUGAGUGGCCCCAAUGACCUACAGCACUUUGACCCAGAGUUCACUGAUGAACCAGUCUCUGGUUCCAUCGGCCAGUCCUCGGACAGCAUACUGAUCACUGCAAGUGUUAAGGAGGCUGCAGAAGCCUUUCUAGGUUUUUCAUAUGCUCCACCCAUGGAUACAUUUCUGUGACUCUUCUGUUAGAACCAGAAGUAGUGGUUUUGUUUCAGUUACCAGCAAAGCCUGUCUGGGUCGUGAAAUUUGCACAUCAUCAUGGCAGCUGCACAGCCUUAAGUCCAAACUUCAGUUUGUCUGUGGGCAGUCUUCAAGGAGCCUCUGUUCCUUAGAAUGUACUUCUUUGAAAGAGGACUGUUCUCUAAAUCAUGGUGCUAACAUCUUGUGAGAAGUAAAAGUACCAAAGUUUGACUAGAAAGUGCUUUAAUGCUUGAGAAGUUGUCAAAGACCUGGUGCUGUUCUAGGAAGCAAGAAUGUUUGUGACUUUUCUUGUGCCUUUAUCACUAUUCACACUUACACACUGACCUAGUCAUGUGUUGAUUGGAUGGUGUCCUAGAUCAGCACACCUGUUCUGAUUCAUAUUUUCAGUUUACAGACGUUUGCUGUGAAGAGUUACGGGCAGGGUUCCAGUUGAGUGACAUGUUACUGAGGCUUUUGGUAGCACCUGCUUGGAUUCUCAGCCUACAGAGUGAUAACUGGGGUUUUGUUUGUUCUUUCCAUAUUGGGAAGAUUUUUUUUUUUUUCAAAUUUUUGUGAAAUGUUUCAAUGUCACAAAAACAUGAACUUAAAUUGCUUUUUAAAAGGAGUCCCAACAAGUUAAAUAUUGCUGCUGUAUAUUUUUCUGGACCAAAAAGAAAUCCCACCCCUCCUCCCUUUAUUUUUAGUCUGCCGUAUUGCUUGUAAAUUUUUAUUUUUGUAUCUUUAAUUUUAAUUUUGUGAAGCAGCAAAUCCCAAGAGUUCAUAGAUGGUUGCAUGUAACAAUGGCGUAGUGGGUUGAGGAUAUAGCAUCCAUUUUUGUAAAUGCAGAAAACUGCAUUUGCUUUUUGGAGUACAUACAUCGAUAUGUACUAGAAUUGGGUCUGUCAUAGUUUGCUGAUUUAUUUUGCAAGCUUCUGAUCAAAGUUGUAUCUUCUCUCAUAAAUAACUUAAUUUUACUUUUUUCUUGCUUUACUUUCUCCAUGUACUCAUGCACACAAAGGUCUUACACAACAUGACUGUCACUGCUCAUUUUACCCAGCAAGCAUUCAAUUUGUCCAAAAAAAACAAAACAAAUCAUCUCCUGAGAUUAUUGCACAGAACCUGGGGGAAGCAUGGAGUGGGAGGAAGGGGGUGCAUGGUGCCACUAUACCCCCUUUACAUCGCUGCUUCAUUUGUACUGUUUGGAAGGAACUGGGCAUUAAAAUUAAUAAUAGAAUGGUUUUGCCUGUGAUGUUCCUUAAAGUCAGUUACAUGUGUCAUGUCUGUAUUUAUGAUGAAUACGUACGUCUGUAUUUAUGAUGAGUACGUACAUUUGAAUACUCUGCACUAGUCUUAUCUGUAUUUAAAUGUGCAAAAAAAAUCUGUACAGGUCUCAUUGUAAUUACUAUGUAUCAUUGUACUGUGACCGUAUGUUGUUUGUAAUAAAUGUUGCUCAGUUUGUAAUAAUA